GCCGGCUCGGCUCGGCGCGGAUCGGCUCGGAGCAGGUGCGGGCCGGAGCUGCGCGGAGCUCCGGGGGCGCAGGGGCCGCACGGGGCAGGUCUCCGAGCAGGGUGUCGCUGCUGUGGAGCCCUCGUCCUGCCAGAGGGCAGGCCCCAGUGCCUGCAGGAUGGCGAGAUGGCUGCCUCGCUCCGCGGACCUGACCCGCUUCUGCCAGAAACUCAACCGAGUGAAGACCUUAGAGGAUGACAUGAUGGAGACAUCCUUCAACAGAUGCCUUUCCACCAUCGACUUGACGCUACUGGGCAUUGGGGGCAUGGUGGGCUCUGGGCUGUACGUCCUCACAGGCACCGUAGCCAAGGAGAUGGCUGGCCCCGCUGUCAUCGUCUCUUUCAUCAUUGCCGGCUUUGCCUCGCUCCUGGCUGCUCUCUGCUACGCCGAGUUUGGGGCCCGGGUACCCAAGACGGGCUCUGCCUACAUGUUCACCUACGUGUCCGUGGGUGAGAUUUGGGCGUUUCUCAUCGGCUGGAACGUGCUGCUGGAGUACAUGAUUGGGGGCGCAGCGGUGGCCAGGGCCUGGAGCGGCUACCUGGACUCCAUCUUCAACCACAAAAUUAAGAACUUCACUGAGACCCACAUCGGCACCUGGCAAGUUCCCUUCCUGGCCCACUACCCUGACUUCCUGGCAGCCACCAUCCUGCUGGUAGCCACUGCCUUCAUUUCCUUUGGGGCCAAAGUGUCCUCCUGGCUCAACCACGUCUUCUCGGCCGUCAGCAUAGGCGUCAUCCUCUUCAUUCUCAUCAUGGGCUUUGUCCUCGCACAGCCCAAGAACUGGGGUGCCCAGGAGGGAGGCUUUGCCCCAUACGGAUUGUCAGGCAUCAUGGCUGGCACAGCCACCUGCUUCUAUGCCUUCGUGGGCUUUGAUGUCAUCGCAGCCUCCAGUGAAGAAGCCAGGAACCCACAGAAGGCUGUCCCCAGGGCCAUAGCGUUCUCCUUGGGGUUGGCCACCGGCGCCUACAUCCUUGUGUCCAUGGUGCUGACACUGAUGGUGCCCUGGCACACGCUGGACCCUGACUCUGCCCUGGCUGAUGCAUUUUACAGGAGAGGCUACUCCUGGGCAGGAUUUCUGGUGGCCGCUGGCUCCAUCUGUGCAAUGAACACGGUCCUGCUGAGCAACCUCUUCUCCCUGCCACGCAUUGUCUAUGCCAUGGCCGAGGACGGGCUCUUCUUCCAGGUGUUCUCCCGAGUGCACCCCCGCACGCAGGUGCCCGUCAUUGGCAUUGUGGUCUUUGGGCUGCUCAUGGCCCUGCUGGCCCUCGUCUUUGACCUGGAAGCCCUGGUGCAGUUCCUGUCCAUCGGCACGCUGCUUGCCUACACCUUUGUGGCUGCCAGCAUCAUCGUGCUGCGCUUCCAGCAGCAGAAGGCAGGCGCCCCCACGCAGCCAGCUGGCAGUCGGCCCAGCCCCGAGCCCUGCGAGGGCCCCGCCGCCAGCGAGCUGAAGGAGUACGAGUCCUUCUCCGACAAGCUCCAGCUGGUGGAUAGAGACAAGAGCAAAGAGCACCGGGAGCCCGGGCAGCUGAAGGCAGCUUUCGAGCCCUACCUGGAGUUCCUCAGCGACUUUUACCCAGGCGAGGUGGUCACGGUGGCUGUGGUGACCCUGAUGGUGUCUGCCAUCUGCCUCUGCUCCAUCUUGGUGUUUGGCAACACCCACCUCCACCUGCCCACCUGGAGUUACUCCCUGCUGCUCGUCCUCUUCAGCCUGGGUUUCCUGCUCAGCCUGCUCCUCAUCUGGGUGCACGAGCAGCAGCGCAGCACGCAGACCUUCCAGAUCCCCCUGGUGCCCCUGUCCCCAGCACUGAGCAUCGUCCUCAAUAUCUAUCUCAUGCUGAAGCUCAGCUAUGUGACGUGGCUUCGCUUCACGGUCUGGCUCAUCUUAGGCCUGCUCGUCUACUUCGGCUAUGGCAUCUGGCACAGCAAGGAGAACCUGCGGGAGCCCCAGCUGCAGCGUGUCAGCGCCCACUACGUGGUGUUCCCCAGCGGCAGCCUGGAGGAGACGGUGCAAGCGGUGCAACCCAGCCCCCAGCCCGCUGCUGGGCUGCCAGACACGGACACCGAUGAGGCCAAGAGAUGACGCCCCAGGGGAGGGGGCAGCUGGGUGGCCACAGCUCUGGAAGCGCCUGCCCCCACCCCACGACAAAGCCAGGGACCCCCCUCUGCCCGGCCCCCUGCGCAGCAAGGGCUGCCUGGGUGUGUGGCUCCGUCCAGGGAGGGCAUGGGGACACCCACCCUUCCCCGUGCGCUUACUGCAGAGUGUGGGGGGCUGGCUGCCUCCAUCCCCGGCCCUGGCGACACAGCUCUUGGCCCCCAAAACCUAGUGCCUGCCAUGCCCACGGGGAGCCCCAUACCUGCCACCUUCCCCGGCACACACCCAGGUGCAGUGCAGCAAAUCUCCCUUCUGCUGGCCCGUCCCCACAGCCCUACACAGCCAGGGACACCGGGGCUGGGCCAGACAGCCCAGUGCUGCCCAUCCCAGGCCUCGUCCUGGUUCUUGCUGCAGCCCUGAGCUGCCAGCAGAAGGAGCUGGCUGUCCCCUUGGCUGCCCCCACCUCUCCAGGGGCUGCUCUCAUGAAAUGCCAGGGCUGAGGGAUGCAAGGAGCAGCUGGGGACAUGUGAGGUGGGGAAGGGAUGUGGCAGGGUGCAGGAACCUCCUUCAUAGCCAGGACCAUGGGAAAGCCAGUGCGGCUUGCAUUGUAGGAGCCCUGCUGCCUCUUCCCAGCUGCUGGUGCCAGCUGUUCUGGGGUGUGCUGGAGGCUGGCGGCUGCACCAGGCAGACUGGGAGCCCAACUGCGAGGUCCUGUCAGGCCAGACUUUUGCCCGGCCCUGCAGGAGGGGUGGGCGCUCAGGAUCUUGUCCUCUGAGGUGCCAGCAGCCUCCCUGGGAGCCUCCCAGCUCCCCCCUUCCUCUGCGCUCCAGCAGCUCAUUCCGCACCAUCACCUGCAUGGACACAGGCGCUGCCCUUUCCUGGCUCCUGGUGGCUCAGGAAGGGCUCUGUGGGUGCUCUUUGGUGUCAGCCCCUGCCCUGCACAUGUCCCUGAGCGGUGGUGUUGGUGGGGGCGGUCCCAGCACCCACCUGGCAGUGCUGCUGGGGCUGCCCUGGCAAGGAUGCUGUGCUGGGCAAUCCCUGCCUGAAGCAGAAGGUAUCGGGGUUUUGGCAUGUUUCGAAAGAGGCUGCUGAACUGCGAGGCCUCCAGCAUGCAUGCCCUGCCCCUGCCCUGCUGUGUGGUGGGCAUGCAGCAUCCCCUGCAUCCCCCUGUGGGGUCAGCCAUGCCCUGGCAGGGAGCUGGUUCCCAUUGUUCAUCCUGUCACACCCAGGGGUGCAGGGGCUUUGCGCAAUCUGAUGGCUCCUCAGUGACCCCCCCCCCAAUGGCGCAAAUCUGCUGGCCCUGCCCAUGUCCUGCUUGCCCCCUGCGCUGUUGCUGCUGCCUGGACCCUGCCCUGUGGUUGCCGGGGGGGGGGGGGGGGCUGCUGUGUCCCCACCGUGCUGCAGCCCUGCUUGGCACCUCUGUGUAGUGGCUUGUGAGCAACGGGCUGACUCAGUCACCCUCAUAAAUACUGGUUCUGCAACGGC